CAUCACAUAAUCUCUAAAUGCAUAACAGAAAAACUUCUAACAUUUCACAUUCCCAUUUUACCCCUUGCAAAGUUUUCCGAUUAUGGCUACACUGGGUUUCGCUGUCGCUGGUCUCUCCGGUGUUCGUCCUCUCCGAUUCACCGAAGACUGUUCCACAUCCUCUAGGUCCUUCCAGAAACCGAGUUCCAAUCACUCGACUCGCCGCAGGGUUUCAAUCCGAGCCGUAGCGGCAGCAGUCGAGUCACGGCGGCCGGCGAAGAGUUUGUACGAAGUUCUCCGACUUAAGCCAGGAGCAUCACCUACGGACAUCAGAUCGGCGUACCGAAGUCUAGCAAAGGUUUACCAUCCCGACACGGCGGCACGACGCUUGCCGGAGUGCGACGACGGAGACUUCAUCGAGAUCCGCAACGCUUAUGAGACGCUUUAUGAUCCGUCGACGAGAGCGGUUUACGAUAUGUCGCUGAUGGCAGUACACGGCGGAAGAAGCCGGCAGUUUUCGGCUCCGAUGACACAGAAACGGUAUUCUGGAUAUUAUACGAACCGGAGAUGGGAAACGGACCAAUGCUGGUAGAAAGCGUGAAGCUUGCUCCGUAAUAUUAACAAAGAACAUCACCAAAAAAAAUAUUAGAAAGAGAGAGUGAUGAGAUUUGAAAUUACUGACAUUUUUUUUUUCUUUCUCUAUGAAAUUUACCAACUUUAGCUGGAGUAGAGUGAAAAACUAAAAUAAUGUAAAUUCUGUCAUUUUUUGUUGUGAGAAUGUAAA